AUGCGUAGGGUGCUGGCGGUUUUCUACCUUCCUUCUCUGCAGCGAAGGACUUGCACAUCUUGUGGUGAAAAUGAACUUAUUCAAAAGGUAUGUGAACAGAUUUACUCCAGUAGCUCUGCCCGUGAACAAUUACGCCAAAUUAUUCAUGAGGCAUCUGUGGAGAAUGCACUGCGGCAUUUGGGUGAGUUCUGUAAGGACACAUCUUCUACGGUAAAUAACUGCUCUUGGCACACUAAACUCGUAGAUAUAUCGGAUGAUUUGGGUCGCAUCGCUGUUGUUUUACAAUAUUUUGAAGAUUGGUACGUUAAACGCAAGGCCCCAGAAAAGGUAACGAUGCAUGAACCAUGGAAUUGGUACCCAAAGGCUCGAUAUAUGCAUCGUCGGUUUAUUUUUCACUAUGGUCCUACUAACAGUGGAAAAACACAUGCUGCCUUGGAGGCUUUAGUAAAAGCGAAAAGUGGUGUUUAUUGUGCACCUCUUAAAGCGCUUGCGGCGCAAGUAUGGAAACGAAUAAAUGAGAAAGUACCAUGUGAUUUGCUUAUUGGCGAUGAACGUAAAUUUGGUGGUGGUGCAGAACAUGUCUCUUGUACAAUAGAAAUGACACCUAUUGAUUAUCAAAUUGAUGUUGGUGUUAUUGAUGAGGUGCAAAUGAUUUCUGACAGAGAUCGGGGAUGGGCAUGGACUCGUGCGUUAUUAGGACUUCCAGCACGUGAAAUUCACCUUUGUGGGGAAGAACGUGCCAUUACGCUCAUAAAAAAUUUAUUGUACAGAACACGUGAAUUACGUGGGGUUACACUAGUGGAACACAAACGUCUUGUUCCACUGGAAGUUUCCCCAUCUUUGAGAGGUAACUUGAGGAGUUUAGAAAAUGGUGAUUGUUUAGUCUGUUUUUCAAGAAAAUCAAUCUUUGAUAUGAAAGCCAAGUUGGAAAAACUUCCAGGUCUUGUUCCACAUUGUAUUUAUGGAUCAAUGCCUUUUGCUGUGCGUGAAACACAGGCAAUGGCAUUUAAUAAUGGUGUUGAAAAAACUAUUCAAGAAAAGGGUACGAAAAAACAUAUUCUGAUAUCUACAGAUGCGAUAGCUUAUGGAUUAAACAUGAAUAUUGAACGUAUUGUUUUUACAACAGUUAAGAAAUUUGAUGGAAAACAAAUGAUAACAUUACCACAAGCAACAGCUAUACAAGUUGCGGGACGUGCUGGUCGCUUCGGAUUAACCCGAUCUAAAAUAAUAGGACGUUGUACAACUCUUCAUUCUGAAGAUUUUUCGGUGCUUCAUGAUGCUAUGAAUAGUCGUCUUUCUCCUUUACUAAAGGCGGGUUUACUCCCAACAGCGGAUAUACUUGAACUUUAUAUUAGAUUACAUGCUACAAAUGAGGAGAUAAAAGAUUUAAAUGGGAAUGAAGUUUCAUUUUAUGAAAAAAUUAAAGAGUUUGCAAGAUGUUGUCAAUCUUCAGAUAUCUUUUUCCCAUGUGAUCUUUCCCGAUCACUCUUACAAAUUGCUAAAGAACUUGAAACUGUACGUGGUCUUUCUUUGAGUGAUCGAAUCCUUUUCUGCUAUGUGCCAUUAAAUGAUCGUAGUAAAGAGAGUUUUGAUUUAUUGAGAGCAUUCGCUAAAGAUCACGCUGCGGGACAACCUGUGCGUCUACGGAUUGAUGAAGAAUUUCAAAUAUUACUUAAACAAUAUGAAACUUUGCAUGAUCGUUGGAAUUCUAGAGAGGCACAACACAUAUUGACAAGAAUGGAGUAUAUCUAUCGUCAAGCAGAAGUUUACUGCUGGCUUGCCUGGAGGUUUGGCAAAACAUUUAUUCACCUUGAGGCAGGCGCAACACUAAAAGAGCGAGCAGCAUCAAAGAUGGAGGAGAUACUUCAAACUCUAUGA